AUGGUUGAGUCUGGAAACCUUCCAAACUUGGCAUCAGAUGCCGUUUUAAAACACUCUAUACCAGUCCCCGAUUCGUUUGAAGAAGUCAGCGGUAUUGACUACUCCAAAGAUAACGCAUACAAUAUGAAUGCUAAAGAUUUAAUCUCAUCAAUGUCAAAGAUGGGGUUCCAAGCCAGCUCUUUGUCCCAAGCGUGCAGAAUCAUUGAUGAAAUGAGAACUUGGAGAGGUAAACACAAAUCGGAACUAGAGGAGCAUAAACAAGGUGGAGAGUUUGAUGAUCAGGGAUACCAAAAGACAACUAUAUUCAUGGGUUAUACAUCAAAUUUGAUUUCAAGUGGAUUGAGAGAUACCUUACGUUACUUGGUCCAACACAAAAUGGUUAGUGCCAUCGUUGCUACUGCUGGUGGGGUCGAAGAAGAUUUAAUCAAAUGUUUAGCUCCAACGUACAUGGGUGACUAUACUUUACCUGGAAAGGGCUUGCGUGACCAAGGAAUGAACAGAAUUGGUAACCUAUUAGUGCCAAAUGAUAACUACUGUAAAUUUGAAGAAUGGAUUGUCCCCAUUUUUGACCAGAUAUUACAAGAGCAACAAGAGGAAUUGGUCAAAGAAGGUACUAAUGCAUUUGAUGCAAACUCAAAAGCCAAUUGGACUCCCUCAAGAUUAAUUGACAGGCUAGGAAAAGAAAUCAAUGAUGAAAGUUCAGUACUUUAUUGGGCUCACAAGAACCAAAUUCCUAUAUUUUGUCCCGCUUUAACUGAUGGAUCAAUCGGUGACAUGUUGUUUUUCCAUACAUUUAAAGCAUCACCACAACAAUUACGUUUAGACAUUGUUGCUGAUAUCAGAAAAAUCAAUUCAAUGUCGAUGGAAGCUUCGAGAGCAGGAAUGCUUAUACUAGGUGGUGGUUUGAUCAAACAUCAUAUCUGCAAUGCAUGUUUAAUGAGGAAUGGUGCCGAUUAUGCAGUUUACAUAAACACUGGGCAAGAAUUUGACGGAUCUGAUGCUGGUGCAAGACCCGAUGAAGCUAUUAGUUGGGGAAAGAUUAAAGCUGAUGCACAAUCAAUAAAAGUGUAUGCUGAUGUAAGUUUGGUUUUCCCAUUGAUUGUCGCUGCUACAUUCGCAAGUAAGAGACCGUCAAAAGGCACAAACUAA